CAUCUACCGCUAUGAGCAACUCAACAAAGAGACUGUGGUUACAUCAAAACAAAGCAAAGCAAAGAAAGAAGAAAGAAAAUGGGGAGAAUCUUUGUGGUGGAGCUUGAGGGCAGGUCUUAUAGAUGCAAGUUCUGCAGAACUCACUUGGCCCUUGCAGAUGAUCUCAUCUCCAGGGCCUUUCAUUGCCGGAGGGGGAAAGCAUACCUAUUCAAUAAUGCCGUGAACUUCACAAUUGGAACACCAGAAGAAAGGAUGAUGCUUUCAGGAUUACAUACUGUCGCAGAUAUUUUUUGCUGUUGCUGCGGUCAAAUAAUUGGCUGGAAAUAUGAAUCUGCACACGAGAAGAGCCAAAAGUAUAAAGAAGGGAAGUUUGUUCUUGAAAGAGGAAGGAUUGUUGAUGAAGUUGAUUUCUCCACUGAGUUCUACAUCGAUAGUCAUGCCAGCAUGAGUGAUGCUGAAGAACCUUAAAACAUGCGGGCUGGCCUUGUUGGAUCAUGAGAAAGAAUGCACUGCUUCUGUAUACGAACAAUAAUAAUGGUGACCCAUGAAAAUGUUCAGAAUUAAUAGUUUAUUUUGGUUUUGUUUUAUUAGUAUUAUAUAUAUAUAUAUAUAUAUAUAUAUAUAUAUAUAUUAUAUGUGGUAUAUGAAAAUGAGAGUUGCCAAUAGUGUGUAUAUUGUGGGGAAAGAUAGAGAUGAAACGGUAGUCUCAGAUUUGCUGCAAAACAUAUGGAAAGAACUUGGCUGUUAACUUGGUGUCUAA